AUGUGCACUCCGGGCUUGUGGGCUCUUGCGUCCGGCCGUGUGUUUCAGGUUUUUGCGCUGGUGCUCUGCUGCUUUUCAUUGCUUUGCAGCGCCUGUCCUGCUCAAUGCAGCUGCUUCUACCACAAAAUGAGUGACGGAUCGAAGUCGAGGAGCGUCCUGUGCAACAACCCUGACCUCACCGUCAUCCCAAACAACUUUCCCUCGGACACCUCCAAACUCCGCUUCGAGAAAACCGCCAUCAGUCGCAUCGCUAGCGAAUCCUUUCAAUACCUAAGCAGCCUGGAGUACCUGUGGAUAUCCUUCAACUCACUCUCGUCCCUCAGCGCGGACAGUUUCCGAGGACUUUACGCCUUGGAUGAAUUACGGAUGGAUGGGAAUGUUCUCACCUCCUUUCCGUGGGAAUGUUUGAUGGACAUGCCAAACCUUCGGCUCCUGGAUUUGCACAACAAUAAAAUCAGCAGCAUCCCAGCUGAAGCAACCAUUUACAUCAGAAAUUUGACCUACCUGGAUCUGUCCAGCAACAGUCUGACCACCAUUCCAGCCGAGGUUCUUACUUCAUGGUUCUCUCCGAAACCUCCUCAGGAUGCAGAGGAUUCCAGAAUGAUACUGGGUCUCCACGACAAUCCCUGGCAGUGUGACUGUCGUCUGUUUGAUUUGGUGCAGUUCCAGAAGUUUCCUUCCUCGUCUGUGGCAUUCAUCGAUACACGUUUGCGCUGUGCCGAACCGGAGAGCUUGUCGGGAGUGCUCUUCUCUGAUGCCGAGCUCCGCAAGUGUCAGGUUCCCCGUGUGCACACGGCCGUCGCGAGGGUCCGCAGCUCCAUCGGAAACAAUGUCCUGCUGCGCUGCGGCACCAUUGGUGUUCCCAUACCCGAGCUGUCCUGGAGCCGCGCCGACCGCAAGCCCAUGAACGGCACUGUUCAGCAGGAGAUCUCUAAAGAGGGCAUCAUCUGGUCCAUUCUCAGCGUUCCUGCCGUUUCGUACAGGGAUUCAGGGAAAUACAUUUGCAGAGCCACUAACUUUGUCGGGAGCGCCGACGCCAUUAUCUCACUUGUCAUUUCUGAUACAUGGCAAAUCGACGAAGCGGUCGCCAAGAGAAGUCACGGAAAGAAGAACGCUGGAUUCGGCCGAGCGGCAUAUCAGGAGAAACUCAUCGCCAGGUACGUGCCGCCGGCCACAUCCGCCGCUGUGCCCAUCAUUGAGCCCCUAAAUGGACCCAAAGCCACGUCGUCCAUCCAGAUCGAAAGCUACAGCAUUUCUGACGCUGUUUCCAAAGCGAAGGCCACAGCGCCGCCUGCGGCAGCUGCAGGAUCAUACAGCAAUGAGCCAGAGCUUCAGAGAGACGUGCUGAGUAACCUGGAGGCUAAUGCGUCGUCUCAGCAGCAGGGUCCGGAGCGCAGAGUGGUUCGGUCGGUCAAAGUGAUCGGCGACACGGACCACACGGUCUCGCUGAACUGGCGCGCACCCGCUGCCACCAACACCACCUCCUUCAGCGUGCUGUACGCCGUCUUCGGGGAGCGCGACAUGCGCCGCAUCAACGUCGGCCCGGGCAAGAACCGCAUCACCAUCGAGGGCCUGGUGCCCAAAACCAAGUACAUAGCCUGUGUGUGCGUGAAGGGCCUCGUACCCAAGAAAGAGCAGUGUGUGAUCUUCUCCACGGACGAGGCGGCCAGCGCCAGCGGCACACAAAAGCUCAUUAACGUGGUGGUGAUCUCGGUCGCCUGUGUGAUCGCGGUUCCUCUGACGCUCAUCGUCUGCUGCGGCGCGCUGAAGCGGAGGCUGCAGAAACUGAUGGGCCGGAAGUCCAAAGACAUUCAAGACUCGUACGUGACAUUUGAGACUCUGUCUCCAGGCACCAAAACCAAAGGGCUGGAGGGGGAAUAUCUCAGCAGACUCAACCCAGACGAGUCCAACCGUCUGCUUUCGGCCCGCUCCAGCGUGGACUCCGAGGCCACGGCCAGAACCGAGGGCCAGCCCAACGAGUACUUCUGCUGA